AUGCGGCCAUCUCUAUUAUUUGGUCGACCGCUCUUGCGGGCUCUCGCUCCUGUCCAACGCUGUCAUCUGCCACUGCAAAGAUACUUCGUGGCCACUCCCGGCAGCCUGGCAGUUGACCAACGGCGUGUCGCUGGCAAAAUUGAAAUCAAAACCAUCGACGACAAAAUCGCCGCCUUCACACUGAACGAAAAGAUCCAGUCCCCUAAAGUUCAACUCAAAGGCCCUGAUGGGAAGCUCUCUGAACCCCAGUCGCUCUACAAACUGCUCGAUUCGAUCGACCGCUCCACUCAAUAUGUCCUACAAAUGAACAAGCCCGCAGAAGGCGACAUGCCUAUUGUGCAGAUUGUCACACGCGCGGGUCUAAUUCAGAGGAUAAAUCGUCAGGAGGACUUGUUGAAGAAUCAGAAACGGUUGGAGAAGGAGAAGAGGCCGAAACAGUUGGAGCUCAAUUGGGCCAUCAGCGCCAACGACCUCCAGCUCAAGAUGAAGCAAAUGCAAGAGUUUCUAAAGAAGGGGAAGAAGGUCGAGCUAUUAUUGGCAAACAAGAGACAUCAGAGGAAAGCCUCGCAAGCGGAAGCAGACGCGUUGCUGAAGACGGUCAGGGAAAAGAUCGAGGAAGCUGGUGCCGCUGAAGUUGUGCCCAUGGAGGGCGCAAUCCUCAAGCAGGCUCUCUUGACGGUUAAGAUGCGCGGAAGUUGA